AUGAAGUCCACCUUUGCCGUCGCAGUCGCCCUGGCCAGCGCCAGCGUCGCCAUCGCCGCCAAUACCUGGUCGUUCCAGAUCUUCCAGGAGCUUGACUGCCAGGACCUUGGCACCCCGUUGAACCAGACCGGGUCUGGCAACGUUUGCGAGCCUCCCCUCGAGUACAGCUUCACCGCGGUCAAGAUCCUCGACACCAGCAACGGCACUUGCACGAUCAACUUCGUCAAUGACCCACAGGAUGGCUGCACAACCCCGCUGGGCAGCAGCCCUGGGAGUAUCAAGUACGACGGAACAUGCCAGAAGCUGCCGUCGGGCGUGACGAGCUAUGGUGUGGUUUGCAAGUAGAUGUUGCGCCGAACAGAUGCAGUAAGUCUUAGAGAUGACGGAGUUCGACCCACGUUUGCCGUACAAUAUGAUAGUAAAUUACUGCAUGACUUGACGACGUUGACGAGUCUCUGGCUACUUAUGUUCGUAAAUGCAUACCUGUCGAAGC